CGUUCAAGUAUUAAAUUCAUUCAAGAUUUACAACAAUGGUGUUCAUUACGUCAAAAUGUACCACAACCAAAUAAGCAACACGACAUAUUUAUACCUUAUUAUGUGGCUAAUGAUGUGAAUGAUUUAUUUAUAUGUUUAACAACACGUCAGUUAUUAUUUGCAUGUAAAUAUUCGUCCGUACUAGCUGUUGACUGCACCUACAAAAUAACAACAAAUGAAUUACCAUUAUUAGUAUUUGGGACAUCUGAUUGUAAUCGUAGAUUUUAUCCUAUGGGUAUUUGUUUAAUAUCAACAGACGAAUCAGCUGAUACAUUUCGUACAUUAUUUCGUGGUAUUCAACAAUAG